CGUCUAAUGGAGAAAUUUGUAAGCAAAAGCAAUGUUACAAAUGCCCGGUUGUAGACGGAGUCCCUGCAUUAUCUUGGCUCUAAUCCGGCAAAGAAUCUGGUUGGUAUGCAUGGGUUGGCUGUGUAUCAUCCAUAGAUGCCGCAUGGAAAAUUGGGACCCAUUCAGCCGAAGUGAGUUUUAUUUUGGGCAACUUUUCGUGUUUCUUUUCGAGCUAUGGAUCUCAGACUCCCAUCAGUAAGAAAGAUGGUAACAGAGGCAGCAGCAAGGCCAAAUAUUAUUAUGACUGUGCUGGGGACACGUAGAAAAUGUUGUAGGUCCGUGAAAAUGUUAAAAUAAUCCAGAUCCCUCAACUUUCACAAUAUGUUUAUGCACACAUUUUGGUGCACUCGACUCUGUUGACGAACGUCUCUGGCAUAAAGAGGAGAUUUCAAGAGUCGGAGGAGCAGCUCCAGAACAACCUGAUCUCCUCUCGACCUCCUUAUUUUCAACAAUAAUCGGCUGUUUGUCUAGUCUGACAAUUUUUGUGUUACGUGACUGCUUAGUUCACUUUCCCCCUUUCUACCGUAGUUAUUCUGCGCAUGUGCAGGCGGGUCGGCCCACGUGGACGCGCGCGCGGGAAGAAAAAUGUCCGACUGGAAAGCGAGGGGGCAGAAAAGGGCGUCCAGCUCUCAGUCGACGGCGGUUGCCGGCAAGAGAAAGAGGUCCCGGACCAUGAUGUCCUCUGAGGAAGAUGAAGAGGAAUGGAGCGAUGGCGACAAGGAGCUGAUGAUGUCGCAAGUCCAGUCCCAAGACAUGGACGAAGUUGGUCAGGAGAAGCCCGUCUUUACCGGUCGGAAAGUGGCUGAAGCUGGUGUUAUUGACAGAAUACAGCUCAACGACUUCAUGUGUCACCGAAAACUGGACGUCGCCCUCUCUCCCAACACCAAUUUUAUUCUCGGAAGAAAUGGAAGUGGAAAGAGUGCCAUUAUGACGGCCAUCAUGGUAGCUCUGGGAGGCAAGGCCACCACCACUCACAGAGCCUCAUCCCUCAAGAACUUCAUCAGAACAGGAGCCAAAUCUGCAGAGGUGAUAAUCACUAUGCGCAACCGUGGGCUGGACAGCUACAAGCCGGAUGACUAUGGAGACUCUGUGACAGUGCAUAGAACCAUCAAGACCGAUGGCACCACUUCGUACAAGAUCAAGGCCACCAAUGGGUCAACCGUGUCCACCAAGAAAGAAGACUUGGUCCAUAUUCUGGACCACUGGAACAUCCAGGUGGACAACCCCGUCUCUCUCCUGGACCAGGACACCUCUCGCCACUUCCUUCACUCCAACAACCCUGCACACAAGUACAAGUUGUUUGUGAAGGCAACUCGACUUGAGCAGAUUCAGAACGACUACGAGAGGGCCCAGGAAGACCAGGCGUUGAUGAAAAAGUCCAUUGAAAGAAAUGAAGUUCUCAGUGAGGACUUGAAGAAAGAGGCUAAACUGCUGGAGGAAAGGCUCCACCUAUUUGAUCGCCUCAAAGAGAUGGAAGACAAGUUUCAGAGCAGAAUUUUACAGGAAAUCUGGAACAUGCAGUCCUGAUGAAAAAGACAAAGUGAUAGCUUCACGAAGAGCCUUGUGAGAAAACUGGAGAUGGAGCUGCAGUGGGUGAUGGUCAUGGAGCUGGAGAAGAACAUUGGUCCACUGGAGGAGCAUCUGGCCAAGGAGAGGAGCCGCCUUCCCAGGAACCAGCACGGCAUAACCAAAGCCGAGUCAAAGAUGACAGAGUUGGACAGUCUGUGUGAGGCGGUGGGGAGGGAGUUGGAGGAGGUGAUGAAUGAGGCGCAGGAGGUUGGGCAAAGACGGGCGGAGAAGGCGGCGGAGAGGAAGAGGGUGGAGAGAGACGUGAAAGAGGCGAAGUCGAGCAGAGGAGAAUGAAGUCGGCCAUCGAGGACCAGUCCAGGGAGAAGACAGCCCUCCAGCAGAAGAUGGAGGACCUCAUCACACUGAGUCAGCAGGACACGGCGGGGGAGCGAGCCAGGAGGCAGAGAAUGGUGGAGGAGGGAGAGCGGGAGUUGGGGGACCUGCGCAGAGAGCUGGAGGAAAUGUCCACCCUCAGGACUGACCUGGAGAGAGCCCUGAGAGACAACGUCGACAGAAGGAGACAACUGGAUGGCCAGCGAGGCCAGUUGAGUCGAGAGCUGAGAGAGGGAGAGGGAAAGGUGCAGAUGCUCCAGUCCAGUCGUGCCAACACGCUCCUGGCCUACGGAGAAUGGAUGCCUGGUAUUGUGAGGGCCGUGAACGCAGCUCAGUCUCGCUUCAGGAAACCCCCCAAGGGACCCAUCGGUGUGAUGUUCAAGCUCCGUGACUACCGCUGGUCGACGGCCAUAGAGGCGAUACUGGGCAAGAACCUCUCGGCCUUUGUUGUGGACAACACUUACGACAAGAAGACUCUGGAGGCCAUAUGAAGAGAGAGAUUCGCGGACAGAGAAUGAUCCCCGACAUUAUCGUCUCCAGAUACACUGGCAGGCCAUAUGAUGUCUCCAGGAAGAAGCCCCAGACGCACCACCCGACAGUCCUGGACAUGAUGGAGGUGGGGGACCUGGAGGUGAGGAACACACUCAUCGACCAGUGUCACGCGGACACUGACCUGCUCAUCGAGAAGAGGCUGGAGGCUGAGAGGGCUUACACUAUAGAAGGAGACCAGAUCUUGGCAGGGAGAUUCUACGCCAACAAGAAACGUCCACUGGGUAUCAUCAAAGAGAGCGUUGAUACAGCCAUCGAGGAGGAGCAGAGGAGGCUGAGAGAUCUGGAGACCCAGCGGUACAACCUGGACAACCGGUUGAUGGAGCUGCAGAAAGAGUCGGCCAUGAGCAAGGACAGAGAGUCAUGUGUGCGGCGAAAGCUGUCGGCAACCCAGGCUAAGUUACACCAAGUUGAAACGGUUUGGUAUGCAGUUAUAUACCUCCAGCGUGGUAUUGACACUCAGAGAAUCCAACUGUUCAACCUACAGAAUCUGAAGGAGCUGAGGUCUUCAGAGGAGGAGGAGGAGUCCCAGGAAGACAUUGCCACAUAUGAGAGCGAGAUCCAGGAAUGUCAGGCCAAGAUUGACGAGAUGAUGAACGAGAAGAGAGAGCAGGAGAGGCAGCUGGAUGAGCUGAAGACCAAAAUGGAGGCCUGUACUCUCAGUCUCUCCACUGUGGAGUCUGAGACGGAGCUGGUCACUGGCAAGAUGGAGGAAAUGAAGUUGUCAGAGGAGAAGAGCAGAGCUCAGCAGACAGCGGAGGAAGCUAGCAAGGUGUGUGAGCGUAUUGAGACGAGGCGGUCUAGGAAGAGCGUAGAGUCUGAGAUCAGCAAGCUUCGACGGAGGAUCCAGCAGGAGGAACCACACGCUGCGGAGAAAGACGGCGUCGCCAAGAACUAUCUCGAGAAGAUGGAACUCUACGAGAAGACAAUGGCCACCAUUCGGGGACACAGGGCUGCUCUCAAGGAACUGCAGAAGGGACUGAUGUUGAGGUUCAAACAGUACAGUGCCUUGGAGGACACCAUUACUGCCAGGGCGUGUGUCUACUUCAAAUACUUCCUCCAGAAGAGGGACUACGAUGGUGCUCUCAGGUUCAACCACGACAAGGGAACACUUAGCAUGGAGGUGCGAAUGGACUGCCACAGCAGGCGAUCACAGACCACCAAGAACACCAAAGCCCUUUCAGUGGGCGAGCGCUCGUUCACCACAGUCUGCUUCAUCAUGUCUCUGUGGGAGGCCAUCGAUUCACCGUUCAGAUGUCUUGACGAGUUUGACGUCUUCAUGGAUAUGAUGAAUCGACGGAUAAGCAUGAAAUUGAUGGUGGUGUGUGCAUCGGAACAGCGAUCGAAACAGUUUAUUUUUCUUACUCCUCAAGACAUGAGCCAAAUGGGUAUAGAGAUGGGACCACAUUUCAAAGUUUUGAAACUCCGACCACCAGAGAGGGCACAGCCUACACUAGACUAGCAGAACUCCCAAUUUCAUGUCAUCAUUAUAUCACCAUCCUCCCGUCAUAUAUAUAAUAUAAUAUAUUCAUACAGACAACAACACGCAAACGUGGUUUUCUUACUGAGCAAGCGUAUUAUUAUGCGCUGGCUGUGUCGUUCAAUGGUAAACAUGCCAAGAUUAAUUACCACUCAAAUUUUGAAACAGUAUGC